CCCUCCUCCAGCUCGAAGGCUCUCGGUGGAAGUCGCACGGGGGCAACAGCAUAGAGCAGCAUUUCAAAUCCGUCCUCACCUAUAGACAAGACCGCAAGCCCACAGCACCCGAGAGAGGUCGAGACCGUGCGCCGCUCCCCGCCCGCCUUUUCCCCGCCCGCGUCCGACCUCGACCCCAGCCCCGGCGAGCCAGCAGGCAGGCGUCAGCCAUGAGGGAGAUCCUGCACAUCCAGGGCGGGCAGUGCGGGAACCAGAUCGGUGCCAAGUUCUGGGAGGUGAUCUGCGACGAGCACGGGAUCGACGCCACGGGCCGCUACGCGGGGGACUCGGACCUCCAGCUCGAGCGCAUCAACGUCUACUACAACGAGGCCAGCGGCGGCCGCUUCGUCCCGCGCGCCGUCCUCAUGGACCUCGAGCCGGGCACCAUGGACUCCGUGCGCUCUGGGCCCUUCGGCCAGAUCUUCCGCCCCGACAACUUCGUCUUCGGCCAGUCCGGCGCUGGGAACAACUGGGCCAAGGGACACUACACCGAGGGCGCCGAGCUCAUCGACUCCGUCCUCGACGUCGUCCGCAAGGAGGCCGAGAACUGCGACUGCCUCCAGGGUUUUCAAGUUUGCCAUUCGUUGGGAGGUGGCACUGGAUCUGGCAUGGGCACCCUUCUUAUUUCCAAGAUCAGGGAGGAGUACCCUGACAGAAUGAUGUUGACCUUCUCUGUAUUCCCAUCACCAAAGGUUUCUGAUACUGUUGUGGAGCCUUACAAUGCUACACUUUCUGUUCACCAACUUGUUGAGAAUGCUGAUGAAUGUAUGGUGCUUGACAACGAGGCUCUGUAUGACAUAUGCUUCCGCACACUAAAGCUCGCCACCCCUACCUUUGGUGACCUGAACCAUCUUAUCUCUGCUACCAUGAGUGGUGUGACAUGCUGCCUGAGGUUCCCUGGUCAGCUCAACUCUGAUCUGCGCAAGCUUGCCGUGAACCUGAUCCCAUUCCCUCGUCUCCACUUCUUCAUGGUCGGCUUUGCCCCGCUGACCUCUCGCGGGUCACAGCAGUACCGUGCGCUCACGGUCCCCGAGCUGACCCAGCAGAUGUGGGACGCCAAGAACAUGAUGUGCGCAGCAGACCCCCGCCACGGCCGGUACCUGACGGCGUCGGCCAUGUUCCGCGGGAAGAUGAGCACCAAGGAGGUGGACGAGCAGAUGCUGAACGUGCAGAACAAGAACUCGUCCUACUUCGUGGAGUGGAUCCCCAACAACGUCAAGUCGAGCGUGUGCGACAUCCCGCCCAGGGGCCUCAAGAUGGCGGGCACCUUCGUGGGGAACUCCACCUCCAUCCAGGAGAUGUUCCGCCGGGUGAGCGAGCAGUUCACUGCCAUGUUCAGGCGCAAGGCCUUCCUGCACUGGUACACGGGGGAAGGGAUGGACGAGAUGGAGUUCACCGAGGCCGAGAGCAACAUGAACGAUCUGGUCGCUGAGUAUCAGCAGUACCAGGACGCCACCGCCGACGAGGAGUACGAGGACGAGGAGGACGAGGAAGCUGUGGCCGAAUAGCAAUGAGCUCCGUCCGUGGGUGCUCUUUCCCAAGGGUAGGACCGCCGCACUUGUGUCUCUGUGAAUGAGUUUGUUUUUCUGUGCUUCUCGUGGUUUGCAUGAUUGAUUACGCUUCUGUUGUUGCCGUUGAGGUUGCGUCUGUGUUUCGGCUGCGGCCACUGUAAUGUAGCCACUGUAAUAGGUCGCCGUCCGUUUGUGUUUCGCAUCCUUUGGGUCAAGUAGCUUACGUUACGGCUUUGCUCUCCUUGAGCUGGCCAACUGUAAUUUCUGACGAGAUACUGGUAGUGAGUGAUUUUUUUUCAUCUUUCUGUGAAAGCCUGUGUCAA